AAGUCAUCAAUUUCACAUUGCCUUGAAAUGAAAAUUUCUUACCAAACAUGAGAAUCCCAAAUACAUACUCCUUCAUGGAUAGGUUUUGGAUUCAAGGAUGAGAAAUAAUGAGCAUGUUUUAUCCAUUGAUGGAAUUGGAGUUCCCAUUUUCUUCGGAUGCUCACUCAUUCCUCCCCCCAUUUUCUUGGCAAAUCUUUCUUCUCAUCUCAACCCCAAUAAUUUUUUUCUCUUUAUUGAAAAAAAAAAUAAACACCCAUUAAUCGAAGUCAAAAAAGAGGAGUGCCAUUCAUCUCUUCUCAAUCCCCGCGAUUCUUCUGCAGCUCUCUACCUCUGUCUCUCUCUCUCCCUCCCAAACCGGAACUUCGGAGUUCUCUUUUUCUUUCCCUUUUAUCUUUUUCUCUUUCCCUCUCCGGUCUUUGUUUCUGGGCAAGCUUUAUUAUCAAUUCAAAGGUUGCUGCAGACAUUGUUGGUGGGAAAAUUCAACAAAGGGAUCAAGAAAAAGGUUGAAAAAAAUCCGAAGAAAGAGAGAACUGAGAAGCAGUGGGGUUGGGAUGGAAGGAUUGGACGCUCUAAUAGAGAGGUUGCUAGAAGGGAGGAAGAACAGAGGCAAGAAAAUUCAGCUGAUGGAGGCGGAGAUCCGUCAACUCUGCAUCACCGCGAAGGAUGUGUUCCUCAGCCAGCCUAAUCUUUUGGAACUAGAAGCCCCCAUUAACGUUUGUGGUGACAUACAUGGCCAAUAUUCAGAUCUCCUACGGCUGUUUGAAUAUGGUGGUUUUCCACCAGAUUCCAACUACCUAUUCCUCGGUGACUAUGUGGACAGAGGGAAGCAGAGUAUAGAGACAAUAUGUCUUCUCCUUGCUUACAAGAUCAAGUUUCCAGAUAACUUCUUCCUCCUCCGAGGGAACCAUGAAUGCGCUUCCAUCAACAGAAUCUAUGGAUUUUAUGAUGAGUGUAAGCGUCGUUUCAGUGUUCGCCUGUGGAAAAUAUUUACGGAUUGCUUCAACUGUUUGCCAGUGGCUGCUGUGAUUGAUGACAAAAUACUCUGUAUGCAUGGUGGGUUGUCUCCGGAGAUGGAGAGCCUAGAUCAGAUAAGAGCUAUAGAAAGGCCAAUUGAUGUGCCGGACCAGGGCCUUCUGUGUGAUCUCCUUUGGUCCGAUCCUGAUAAAGAUAUAAAAGGGUGGGGGGAGAAUGAUAGGGGUGUUUCUUACACCUUUGGAGCGGACAAGGUGGCUGAGUUCUUGAAGAAACAAGAUCUUGAUCUCAUAUGCCGGGCUCACCAGGUUGUAGAAGAUGGGUAUGAGUUCUUUGCAGAGAGGCAGCUGGUUACCAUAUUCUCGGCACCAAAUUACUGUGGAGAAUUCAACAAUGCGGGGGCACUGAUGAGUGUGGAUGCAAGUUUGCUAUGCUCAUUCCAAAUUCUCAAGCCCUGGAGAGGAAAGAUGCCACUGUUGGAAUAGUUCCAGGCAAGGGAAAACUGGAAAACAAAACUUCCAGGGAGUAAGAACUCUGCUCGAGUAUGAUUUGCCUACCAUGAUCAAAUGCUCUCUCUUGAUCACCAAGUGGCGGAAUUGGUUGUGAAAAAUCAGCAGCAGACACCAUUAGUUUCCUUCUGUCACAGACUGUCCUUUUGACAGCAUUAGCUGGCAUCUCAAAACCGUGUACAUAUUUCAUAACAGGAGUUGCAGAGUCCCCUAAAACAAUUAAGGAGAGAAUCACUCAAAUGUAAAUGGAUUAAUUGAUGUGUGCAUUUAGUAUGCAUUUUUUUUUCCUGGAGUCUCCAAUUCUCAGAGGGCAAAAAUAUAUUUCAAUAUUGUAAUAAAAAUUGUCCAAAUAGUUGCUUUUAUGAAAUCUUGCUGUUAGAGAAA